UGUGAUUGUACUGCAGACAUCCUCAGAUCCAGAGGCCCUCCCAGGCAGCAAGCAAAGCGGAGGCAGCUAGCACCACUAUUAUUCUUCCUUGCCCAUUACUGUGGAAACAAGCUCUGAGAGGAGUCAGGAUUGCCUCACCAUGGAGCAGCUGAGCUUGGCCAACACCCGGUUCGCAGUGGACCUCUUCCGCACCCUGAAGGACAGCAACCCCUCUGGGAACAUCUUCAUCUCCCCCAUGAGCAUUUCCUCAGCGCUGGCCAUGGUCUUCCUGGGGGCCAGAGGCACUACCGAGGCACAGAUGUCCAAGACUCUUCACUUCGAUGCAGUUAAGGAGAUUCAUUCAAGUUUUCAGAGUCUGAAUGCUGAUAUCAACAAGCGCGGAGCUCCCUAUAUUCUGAAACUUGCUAAUAGGUUGUACGGAGAGAAAACCUAUGAGUUCCUCCCAGAGUUCUUAGCUUCAACCCAGAAAAUGUACGGUGCUGAACUGGCCAGUGUAGAUUUUCAGCGAGCCUCUGAAGAUGCAAGAAAGGUGAUAAACAAGUGGGUCAAAGGGCAGACUGAAGGAAAAAUUCCAGAAUUGUUGGCUGCAGGCGUGGUUGAUAAUAUGACCAAACUUGUGCUAGUUAAUGCCAUCUAUUUCAAAGGAAACUGGCAGGAGAAAUUCAGUAAAAAGAACACAACUGAUACACCAUUCAGAUUGAAUAAGAAAGACAAAAAAAUAGUGAAAAUGAUGUAUCAGACGAACACAUUUUCAUUUGGCUACAUCGAGGACCUUAAGUGCCGGGUGCUGGAGCUGCCUUACCAAGGCAGGGACCUCAGCAUGGUCAUCCUGCUGCCAGAUGACAUCGAGGACGAGGCCACGGGUCUGAAGAAGAUCGAAGAACAAUUGACCCUGGAAAAACUGCAUGAGUGGACCAAACCUGAGAAUCUGAGAUUUUUUGAAGUCAACGUCCACCUGCCCAGGUUCAAGCUGGAAGACACCUACAACCUCAAAUCUCACCUGGCCAGCCUGGGUAUAGAGGAUCUCUUUAAUCCCAAGGCUGAUUUGUCUGGCAUAUCAAGAGCCGGAGAUCUUUUUAUAUCAGAAAUUAUCCACAAGUCUUUUGUGGAAGUUAAUGAGGAGGGCACAGAGGCAGCGGCUGCCACAGCCGGAAUUUUAGCGUACGGUUGUGCGGUUUUCCCACAGGAAAAUUUUGUGGCCGACCAUCCAUUCAUUUUUUUCAUUCGACACAAUCCCUCAGCUAACAUCCUGUUCUUAGGCAGACUUUCUUCUCCUUAGAGACUGUGGAAAUCCAAGGUCAGGCUCAGAGCUGUAUCACUGGCCCUUUCAAACAUAUAUGCAAAUUAUAUAUCUUCUACAAUAAAUCUUCCACCCCCCCAAAAAAAAAAAUCUGUAAUUUCCUUUGUAAUGUCAGCUCUGAGGGCUGUUUACACCCAUUAACUUUGGCAUAGGUAUCUAUUUUUUUUAUAUAUUGGAAAAUGUAGUGAUUGCUUUUGAAUGCACCAAGCAGAUAUGUAGACUCUUGAUAGUGUAGUAAAGGAAGAAACUGCUGUACUGUCUUGAUAGCCAUGAGAAAAAUUACAGUACUGUAAUUUGUUUCACAGAUAGACUUCUGGAAGGAAUCAUAGAGAGACUGUCAUUGCUGAAGGAAGGCUUAAAAACAGACAUUCAAUUGAAAUAUAGGAGAGCAGCCCAAUUAAGGGUUGGAUUAUGAAGAUAAAUUUGCCUUGGCCAGUGUUUCUGACCCUUAGUUCUACAGGAUUAGUGUUCUGUUAUAGUCCCUCCGAUUUCAAACGAUUAAAGAGCUUAUUUUCCUUUAUCCGUCUGGUUUGUAGUUUGUGUGGGGUCACAAGGAAUAAAGAAGUAAGUGUCUUAUCUUAAAAGAGGCCAUGAAAGUACAACAGAGAAGUGAAGUAGGGGAGACUGUUAAGUAAGAGGGGGUGCAAGGAUCACACUGUUACCAGCUUUUAGUGUGUUUUCUGAUAAGGGCUCUUGAUUUCCAUCAUCUAGUCCAGACUGUGAUAGCAAUGGGAUGGCUUUAUGCAGUGCUGGGGGGGGGGGGGGUCUGUGAUCAAUAUAAACCUUAGUCAAAUGCACUGCUUGCAAUGGGGCUGGAAAUGCUGCAUUUUCUUGCUCCCACAAAGCUGGUGGGCUGGCUAAUGACAUUUCCUACGAUUCUGCUAGCCAGACUGAUCUCAGUCCUCUUCUUGUUUCUAUCUGAUCUCAGAAAAGACAGGACUAAUGGGGCUCCUGGACUGACAAUACUGGCAUCCAUGAUGAUAGUCAGUGGCUCCAUGAAAGAAAAAGAAGAUUUUAGCAAAUCUGUUAGCAAGCUUUCCUUCCUUUUUUCCUUUGAAAUGCUUACGGGCAGCUUCAAUAUUGAAGGUUCUCUUACGUAUAGGAAAAACAAGAAAUGCAAGUCACUGCAUUCUGUAAUCCUUCCCUUUGGGAUCUUAGGCUAAAAUCUACUCAAUGAUUUAGAGUAAAUUGUGCUAAUCGGGUAGAACCUGAACUGCAGGGCUCCAUGCAACUCUGCUCAAAUCCUUUUCAUAUAUGAGGGAGCAGGCUCAUGGACGACAAAUAAAUUAUUGAAGGUUAAAACAGGUAGUAAAUUUCAGAGCAGAAACUAGAAUUCAAAAAAUAUUUUAUGUGGAGAACAUCUAAUUCUUUACUGCAAUGUGAACUAGGUAACUCAGAUCUUUUAACACAACUAAAUCAACAACAACAACAAACCAAGCAAGCAUGAGCCCAAAGGCAAGGGAGCUGCCAUGAUUAUGAAGUACUCAGCAAUCCUGGGUAAAUGGGUGACUUUGACAACUGGGGCCACUUUUACCCUAGGGGCAUUUCCCAAUCCAACUUAUGUAAAAGGGCAUGAAGCAUUGAUUUUGAUGAUGUUCAAGGCCAGGCACGCAGAAUUUUGGCCUGUCAAGUAUGAGGCCCCAUUGUGACCAUGUGCUUUCACAUGGCAACAUUAGAACUACACUCUAGGAGUAUGACUGCAGCAGCUCAGAAUGUAGCCCUGAUGUAAGUCCUUGGACAGUCCCCCCAAUUCCAAUCCCUGGAUUUGGAUUACAUCUAUUCUGGUUUGCUACUAUCCAGAGGCAUAUGGAAGAAGCAAACAAAAAUCAUCCCUAUGGAAUGAUUACCCAUAAACCUCAGAUCCUACAUAAUAAAAGUCAAAUAUUCAAAUUGUCCCCUCAAGGGGUAGUUCAGGACUGGGAGUUCAACAGGGAGACCAGGAGUUUGACCGCUCACUAUGAGGUGUGCUUACCACCGGGGGGCGGCAUGGAACAUGGUGGGUGUUGGCCAUGUGGUGCUGGCAGCAGGCAGCAGUGGAGGGGCUGCUUCCCCAAUGGGCUCUAACUCAAGAAAGAGCAGGACCAUGGUGGGCUAGUUGAUGGGCUCCACUCCACAGUUGGGGGUGUGCAAAGGGAGGCAAUCAAUGAUUCUCUCUCAUCAUUGAUGUUUCUAUUUCUCUCUCCCUCUCCCUGUCUCUCUGAAAUUAAUUUAAAAAUAUUUGUUUAAAAAAGAUCAGAAGUGAAAUAGAACUCCAAAACUUAAAAAUAUAACACAUGAAAAACUAAAUAGAUAAAUUUAUCAACAAAUUAAAUAGAAAAGAGUGGAUUGUCAGACCAGAAAAAAUUCCCCAUAAUUUCUUCCAGAAAGACAACUAUAAGGAGUGAAGCCUAGAAAGACAAAAUAAUGGAAAAUAUAAAAGGAAGGAUAAGAAUAGUUAAAAUAGUCAGUAAGAAGAUGCUUAACAGGAAAAGAUAAGGCAAAAGACAAUAUGGUGCAAAAUAAUAUUUAAAGAUGUAACAUUCAAAAUGUGUAUCCUAAAACUUAUUUGUUAAAACAUCAAUUCACAGAUUUUAGAAAUCCUACUCACCCGCGAAGAGGAUACUACAUAGAAAUCCAUUUCUACUCACAUUCCACUGAAACUACAGAAAACCAAAGAGAUGAUCAUGAAAGAUGUAAAAACAGCCAAAGAAAAAAGACAAAGUACCCUCACAGGAGCAACUGUUAGAAGGACAACACAUAAAUCAACAGAAGUUAUGAGAAUCAGACAUUAUAGACUGAUUUAACAUGUUGAAAAAACAUCACCCAAAACGCCUGCCAAUCCAGAAUUAUUCUAUACCCAGGAAAAAUAUUCCUUAAGAUAUAAUCAGACAAACAAAAACUGAGA